AUGGGAAACGCACAAAUUAAGCUCCUCUUCCCCGGGCACGACCUCCCCUUCGCCGUGCCCUAUCAAAACUCCUCCGAUAUCAAGAACAAGAUCGACAAGAUCCUCGCGGACCUCGGCCCCAGCACCAAGCUGAACAAGGGCGAAUGGCUCCUGGUCGACGUGGCCGGCGCAGAGCUGCUGCACAAUACGUGCUUGGCGAGGGUGAGGGCCGAUAGGACGUACAUGGUGGUUGAUGUGAAGGAGGCGGGGAAGAUGAAGGGGACGGGGGAGGCGCCGGCGGGGAAGGGGAUAGGCCCGCCGCCGGGGUAUGAGGGGUAG